GAUCAUACGAAUGACCUUGUAAAACAAAUCAAUUUAUUAUUAGUUAAGUCUUAAGAGCUCUCAUUUUAAUCGAAUCACUUUGAUAGAUGGAUCCGAAUCUUUCAGAUCUUUCAGCAUGGAACAUACGUAAUCCCCAGCAACCUAAUCCAGGUUAUCCUGAUAUGUCUUCUGUAGGUUAUCCGGGAAUAACUCCAGGAGGAUAUCCAGGAUAUCCUGAUUCGUCUGGGGAUUUAUCGAAUUCAAAUACAAGUACAUAUCCAGGAAUGUCAUCUGGAGGAUAUUCUGACCUACCGUCAGGAGGUUUCGCAAAUUUAAACACAACUGCAUAUCCAGCACCUAUAAUGGGUGGGUUCGAUGGACAGUCAGGAGCAAAUUUCAAUAAUAUACAUUUCGGUGCUCCUAGUGGUUAUCCCGAUCAGCGUUUGAACAACCCAACUGCUCCAUUUUCAAGCCAACAAGGUUAUACAAAUCCUUCUUAUGGCAAUAAUCCAUCUGCUACAUCAUAUCUACCAGGUACAACCUCAUUCAAUAUCGAUUAUGCACGUCAAAUGCAAAGUCCUUAUAUUUCUGGAAAUCCCAAUUCACAAAAUCUCCAAACAAAUUAUUGCCCAACUAUACCACCAUCAGGUGGAAGUUCAUUUGGUAGCAACCCAGUGAACACGAAUCAAGGAUCUGUAUACCCGAUGUUUAACGAUUUCCCUACUCCGAUUUCAUCUCAGUCGAAUGAGUUUUCUGUCUCCUCCAGAGUUUAUGGGUUCGCUGAAUCAGCUCCACACGAAGAUAUAAUGGAGCCAACUUUAAAAGCAGCACCUAAUUUUUGUGUUGAACGAGACUGUGAACGUUUAAAAAAGGCUAUGGCCGGAUUAGGAGCAAAUGAAAAAGAGGUCAUCGAAGUAAUGGGUCAUCGAUCUGUUGAUCAACGUGUAGCAAUCGUACAAAAAUAUAAAUCAAUGUAUGGAAAAGAUUUAUUUGCCAAAUUUAAAUCUGAAUUACAUGGUCACUUAGAAGACUGUGUGAUCGCGUUGUGUUACUCACCAGCGGAAUUUGAUGCUAUUGAACUUCGUAGAGCAAUGAGAGGAGCUGGUACUGAUGAAGAUGCACUGAUUGAAAUUCUUUGUUCAAGGACAAAUGAGCAAAUCAGAAGAAUUAAGGAUAUUUAUCCAAAAUGUAAGUUAUUAGUUUGUAAAAUUAUCAAUUACAUUUUUUAUUUGUCCUCAAAAUUAAGAUUGUCAUGAACAACUGAAUAUGGUCAGUAGAUGAAAGAAAGGUUUACUGUGAUUAAUUUUUAAUGAUUCAAAAAUUAUUUGCUAUUUUCCGGUGUAUUUGAUCCUAUUUAUGAAAAUAAUUAGAGAAUAUGAACUUGGACCAGCUUAAGAAUCAUGGAAAUAUGAGGAGUCACCUAGAUUUUUCCCCUUUACAACUCAUCAUUAUUUACAUUCCUUGUAUUUUCAAUGCGCUUCCUAGGAUCCCUGUCUUAGCUAACAAUUUAUCUUAACUAAAAUUUGUAAAUAAAGUUCAAUAUCACUUAUGUCCAUAGAGAGUGAUGAAGUGUAGCACUGAAUAUCAACAAUGGGAAAAUACAUACUCUUAUAAACCCUAUAGUCCGGUUAUAUUCACUUUCCUUAUUAAUGUUUACAUCCAACCUUAUAGCAUUGGAAAAACAAGUUUUGCCUAAAGAAAUUGUCUAGUACGAACCAUUAGUUUUUACUCCUGUUAUAAAUAUGGUUUAGAGUAAUUGAAAAAUGGCUACCACCCCUGGGUGGGCUCGAACCACCAACCUUUCGGUUAACGGCUGAAUGCGCUAACCGGUUGCGUUAGACAUUAACACCGUUGGAUGCCGGCCAGCACAGUGGUCUAGUGAUUAAGCGUUCGUGCGCAAGACUGAUAGGUCCCGGGUUCGAAUCUUGUGGGGUGGAGGCGGGAUUGUGUAUGCGCCCUGCUGAGGAUUCCCACAAUAGGACAAAACGGGCGUCCAGUGAUUCCAGGUUUUCCAUGAUGGUCUAGCUUUAACUGACUCAUGAUCUCAACUAUUAAAAUUACUAUAAUAUCUACAAAAUCCCCUUCAGAUACGAAUUGAGAAGUCUUAAAUUGGAACAAAACAACUAUUCAAUGUUCCGUAAUUCUCCUUCUGAUAUUAGUUUGUGGGGAAAACCAGUUUCACACUGUGCGCAUCUCUUCAUCUUUUGUAAGCUUAUUGACAUACUUCUCAAGCGUCGGUACGACCAAUCUAACACACUAUAUAAAGUUUUGGGAAUAACUAAUAAUGACAAUACAAUAUUAUAUAUAGUACGUAGAAUAGAGCUAUUCAUGUGACGUCAUUGUGUCAUGGUUAUUAAACCUUAAUCUCCAAUCAGUGUUACAUAUACAUAACUUUGUACUUUGUAUUAUCGAUCGGCAAUUACAUUUUUGUCAAAUCAUCUAUUUAGUGUUCAAUUUCAUAAAAACCAAUCAUAUUAACUAACAACUUAGAUAAACUCAUAAUAUUGAAUAAACUUAAUGUUGAAAUAGUAUGAAGGUUACUUAUUUUGUAUCUACUAAAUAAAGAAUAAAGGUGCUUGAAUGUUACCUACCUUUCAUUCAAAAUAUUUUUUUUAAAAAAAGCUAUAAUUUCUUUCAGACACUCAAAUAAUUUAUAGCAAAUCAAUAUACUCAGAGAGGGGUUUUGUGGAGAUUUUUAGAGUCAGUUGAAGCUAGACAACCAUGGAAAACCUGGAAUCACUGAACGGCUGUUUCAUCUUAGCAUGGGACUCCUUAGCAGUGCGCAUUCACGAUCAAUAUACAAUAGAAUGAAUACUAACUACUACGUUCAAAUUGAUGUGUACUAAUAAAAGGACAGAUUUAUUGAGUGUGUACAUAGAUUGGGAGUAAUAUCAAUUGAUGAGGUGAAUAAAUCUUGCUACUUCUUAAAUCGUGGCUUAUUUAGUAGUUACAACAAAUCUAAGUCCUAAUAUGACAUUUCUGGGUGGAUAACAGAAAUAUUGGACAAUUGUUCUGUGUGAACAUUCUCUGACCUUGUUAUACUUAGCUCUUCUACUGACUUAUACUAAUCACAACCAUAAAACUUUUUGGAUAUAAAUAAUAAAUAUAUUUCCAUGAUGUAUGACUGUUCGAAGUGGGAUGGCUUAUUGAUUCUCAUUCGAUAUUGAUAAUUCAAAGCAUUUCACUGGAUAUUAGGUACACCUACCUAUGCAUAUAAACUUUAAUUAGCAUACAUUUAUUUAUUUGAACUUCGUAGAUUAGUGAAACCACUGUAAUUCUUGGAUUUUUUCAUUUACGCAGUGGAUUUUUGUCAAUCUUUAUUUGUGUUAUGUUUGACAUUCUUACGACUGCGAAAUACUUGACUGGAUUGUGCUUGACCCUGAAUCCGACGAUGCGUAGUGAAAACCAAAGAUUGUUGAUAAUGAUUUAUUUGAUUCAUAAAUGAUAAGUGAAUACACCACUUUCAUAUGAUUCGCUUACAGUUAGACUUGUGUAAAUUGAACUGUGCAGUAUUUAACACUGAUUAAUAUGGCAUUUAUACGAACUAAUGAUUCCUUUGUACUUGAUUGCACGCUUAUUACGAAUUACAAAUAUAAUAUGUUCAUUUGUGCCCAUCUAGUUCUAUCUGACUUAAAUUGCAAUAUUUCGGGAAAUCAUAGUUACCACAUUAAUUCUAAUACCUUUAAUUAUCACAAUUAAUCAAUAACUUAUUAUGUGAAUACUCAUUUUGAAUAUCAUUCUGAUCGGUUUCACACCGACUAAACUUUGUUCAUUUAAUUCUGUCUUACCAAUUUGUCUAUUUUCCACGUUUAUCCACAAAGCAAACAUGAGCUGCUUAAAUUUCCUUGUAAGAAGUAAUGAUACUACUCGUCUACGAAUAUCAAAGCGAAGUGAAAGGUAAUAUCUCAACCAUCAAGUCACUGCUUUACAAUGAGUUCGGCUUCUCAUAUUGGUACCACUCCUUGAUGAACUUGAGAUAUGUAUAAUCCGUUUAACGGAUUUAUUGUUAAUUAUUCUGUCGUCCUGCCGGAGACGUGGCUUUGCACUUUGGAGACGUCUCAGUGAUUCUUAGAUUUCAAUUACUAUUUUAUUUAGGUCAGUCAGUCGUGUAAACUCUAAAUUGUUUCUUCGCUUAAAACUACUAGCUAAAUUUUUUUAUAUAAUUUUAGUGCUGAAUGGACGUAACUUAGAGAAAGAUGUUGACAAUGAAACUACACAUAAUUUUAAACGUAUAUGUAUUGCUUUGCUGCAAGCAAAUAGAGAUGAAUCUACAUUGGUAGAUACGAAUCUUGUACGGAGAGAUGCGGAAGAUCUAUAUAGAGCAGGGGAGCAAAAAAUAGGAACAGACGAAUCAAAUAUAAUGAAAUGAUCUUAUAAAAUUUCAGUAUUCUGAAUUGAGAAAAAGAAUUAACUGACAUAAAUAGGAUUCUUAUACCAUUCUAUAUGUAAUUGUGACCACUCACAAUUAUAAAUCAGAGUUCAUUAUAAUUGAAUUUGACUUUCUGUAACUGAAAGCACGCUCUAAUCAUUAAUGAUUUGUGAUAUAAUAGAGAAUUAUAACGUGAUUAGUGUUGAUAAGUCUUGUUGAUUGAACAAUAUAUUCGUUUCCUAAGCUAUUCUGGUAACCCGCAAGCUAGAACUACACAGCGACCUGAACACCAGAGAGAAGACACAAAGUAUGUUAACAUUUGUUAAAUCAACACCAUAUUUCGGCCAAUCCGUUAACGACAUAUUAUGCUACUGAAUAAUAGUAACACGCCACGUUGGAAUUCUAGUGUGCUCCAUCAUGCUCUUACUGGCUAGGAUUCUUCGGCUCCUUUUGGGCCUCUGGAGGCUCCGUCGAAGUUCUCGGAAAGCCGACUAAACACCUCCCCCGAAUAAUAUUUCGUUCUAGGAUCUACUUGUAGCUUGACAACUGGGUUUCGGCGGCGUCUCAUUAUUCUUGUUGUGUUCCUUGUCCGAGGAUUUUUCAGUGUUCUUGAGCAUGUGUAGCAUUGGUGUAUCUAAGAUUAACUCUAACGGAAAAUUCGGCCGGUUAUUUCGAGAAAGCACCGUUCUUUUGUCCUUAUGGAUUUCAUUUAUGUGUCGUGUACAUGUUCCAAAAGUUCCUCGGACUCUGUACAGUACUUUUCCCAAUUUUUGUUCAUCUUCUCCUGGCUCCCAUCGGUUCUUCCCGAUGAAGAAUUUAAUGAAAACUUUGUCGCCAACAUUGAAAUUCCGGAUAUUUAGAUUGUGAUUGCGCUCAUUCACUAAGUUGGAUGGCAACAUGGCGUUGGAGACAGUCCGAAUACGCUUUCCGAACAUGGCUUCAGCAAGAGACUUGCCAUCUGGAACAUUCGGGUUCGGGGUGAAUCUGUGGGAUGUUAAAAAGUUUGUGAUUAUCUGUCCAGUCUUCCCUUCGCCUCCCCCUUUCAGUAAUGCUCGUUUAAAGGUGUCCACAAAGCGUUCUGCUUGUCCGUUUGAUUGCCGAUGAUAGGGUGGAGAACAAAGAUGAGUUAUUCCGUUUGCUCUACAGAAAUGCUUAAACGAUUCUGCGGCGAAUGCGAGCCGUUAUCUGUUACUAAGGUUUCUGAGACUCCGAAGCAGCUAAACAAAGCACACAACUUGUGGAUUGUUUCUGAUGUUGUACAAUUAGGCAUGGUAUAUACUUCUGGCCACUUCAAAAAUGCAUCUACGAUGAUUAGAAACAUUUUUCCUUGGAUUGGACCAGCAAAAUCUGCGUGAAGUCUUACCCAGAGUCCUGCAGGCUGAAGAUGGCACAGGUAUUCAGUGUUUGACAACGCUUUCACCAGUAACACCUUCUAAUAUAACUCGUACCGACCAACAGAAAUCAAAAGACAGAAUCGAGGAGAUCAGAAGAGUGUAUUUGGCGAUAACCAAUAUAUCGGAAUUGUCUGAUCUAAUCUGGCUAGCGAUUGAGAUAGAUGUUGAACAUGGCGUUCCCACACGUGAUCUGGUGCGGAUACCUGAUCGAGCGCCCUCAGCUAGGUGAGUCCACUAAAACUAAUCCGGUCAGCAUCCAAUGUCGAAAACUUACAGAGCUAUUUAUUUUGGGGAUUUAUUUACCGCUACAAGGCGUUGGCCAAUACUGAGGUUCGCAUUUCCAAGGAUUUUUAGCGGCUUGAAUGCAUGAUGCACAGUUAUGGCAUUUAUUGUCCAUUGACGGCCAAUAAGCAUAACUACGAGCCAACGAUUUCAUUUUAUUGAUUCCAGGGUGGCCACUAUGAAACUACUUGAGAACCUUGUGACGUAAUGACUUCGGAAUAACAAUUCGAUCACCGAACAUAAUACACGAGUCGACAACCAUUAGUGAGUCCCGUCGACGAAAAUAUUGUAAAAUUUCCCUGUCAAGGCGAUUGUCUGGCCAUUUGGUCGAGAGAUAGCAUUUAGCUGUGCUUAAUGUCUUAUCACUUUCAGUGAUCUUGAUAGUUUCAAAGGUUACUGGGAGUCCAUUGAUUGCAUCAUCCAAUACGCGACGAACUUCUUCAGAUUUUAUAUUUGCUACAAGAGUCCCCUCUGGGGUUUUUGGUUGGGAGCCUAUUAAUCCUGACAAUGCGUCAGCUUGCCCGAAGGAGGUAGUAGACUGAUACUUGAUCUUGAAAUCGUAACCUAGAAGUGUGGUUGCCCAUCGUUGAAGUCGGUUAGCUGUAUGAACAGGAACUCACUUCUUUGACCCAAAAACUGCAAGUAGUGGCUUAUGGUCUAUUAUUAGGGUAAAAUGUCGGCCAUAUAUUAUCUUGUGGAACUUUUCCACUGCAAAAAUAAUUGAUAUUGCUUCUUCCUCAAUUUGACUAUAGUUCCCAUCCGUCGUUGUCAAAAGUCUGGCAGCGUGGGAAAUAGCUUUUUCAGACCCAUUAGGAAAAAUGUGAGAGAUGACUGCGCCCACACCAUAGUUAGAAGCACCUGAAGCAACAACUAUCGGCAGCGAAGGAUCAUAAUGUGUCAAUAAGAGAUUGGAGGUUAGGAUUUGCUUGAUUUUGUAGCACGGCAUUCUUAAGGCCCCACUCUAAGGUGUUGUCAGUUCUGAUUCGUUUGCAGAUGCUGUUAAUAGAAUGGUCUGCUAGUUUACGUAUUUCUAUAAGACCUAACCUCAUUAAGUCGAGUGCUGGCUUCUUCGUAAGAUAUACUGUUGCAUUUGUUGUUACAGUACCUUUAGAAACAGUGCAGGGCACUUACCCAACAAUAUUUAGCUUCCCCCCAGAUGCACUGUGUGCCAGUUGUGUUGUUGGGAGAACUGUGGGUCUCCCAAUGUUCUUCCAAGUUUCUGGGCUGAUUAAGGUUAUAUCGGAAGCUGUAUCAAGCUGAAGGCGAGUACAGUGUUUAUUAAUAUCUAAGGUUACGUACUUUCUUUGGCGGCAAUUUCGUGCUUGAUUAUGUGAUACCAAUAUUCCUUUUGUUGAUGCACCAGACCUGUAUUUCUUGAAGUAGGGUUAUGCAGAAUAUCGUUUGUGGUUUUUUUCUGAAGCUGGUUUCUAUAUGACCCUUCCGAUGACACUUACUGCAACAAUGUUCUUUAUACGGACAGAACCUCUUAUAGUGCCAGCCUCCACAUGACCAGCAUGGAGAUGAUGGUUUGUCGCUGUCAUUACGAUAAUUCUGCGUGCCGGAACCUUGUGAUACUUUUCUCUCGACCGCAUUGACGUUAGGGAAACGGUUACCGUUCUCUACCAUUGAGGUAUCAUGCUUCAAGUUCACUAACCUUUGGGUCUAAGCUGAACAUUCCAGCUGUUGUACGGAAGUCAAUUGGUGAUCUGGUCGCACAAUCUACCCCCGAGAACGUCCGUCUGGUCAUCAAAGAGCCAAGGAUUCAUAAACGUGCUUCGACCCCCAAACAACAAGGUGCUAAACCUGCAGGUGCGUUCAUGAACGCACCGGAAAACCUGGGAUAACAAUAACGGUUCGUGAUGACUCUCUGAUUGUCAUGAACUUCAAAGACAACCCUGACCUUCCUUUCAGUCUGCAGGACAAAAAUGAUAGGAUGCUCUGGGGAGAAUUGAACAAGGAACUUGAACUUCCAAAAAUACAGCCUUUGACAGUCACACGGCUCACUCGGGGAAAGGAAUCUAAGCAUCAAAAUCACCCGAGGCUACUUCGUGUAACACUUAAGAAUGCUACCGACGUAGAGGAUGUCUUACUAGCGAGUCAUUUACUGAAAUCAGAUGGGAAUGUAAGUAUACUGCCUGACAUAUCGUAUUCUGAGCGCAAUCUCAUCCGGAACAUCCCCAAAGAAUCUCACGAUCAGUUUUUCCGCGGGAGGAAUAUAAUUGUGCAAGGUAUACCGGAAAAUACGGACCCUACUCAAUCAAAAACUGACAUCAGGGAAUGGAAAUUCAUCAAACAGUCCUUGAGGCUCAAACACAUACUGACUCAGCAUGUGACGAGACUAGCCAAGAAGGAUGGUGAUCCUAAACCCCGUCUAAUGAAGA